AUGAAUGAGCUUGAAAUAGAUGUUCUCGGUGUUUCCUCGGAAUCAGAUCAGGAAGGUGAUGCUGUGAAUUACAAUGCUGGUGAUAUAUUAUUUGCAUUUUUGCGCUAUCUGGCAAGCGAACAAUUCGCACAUGCGAAAUGUAUCCAUUUUGGCUUGGGUGGUAUGUCACGACAGGGCCAACGAUUAGUUGCCUCAGUGCUGACACGCUUCGACCAGUGGGCUGCUCUUCAUGCCGUUGCAUUUUCCGCUUUUCAUCAUUUGGCAGUAACAGCGGAGUUUACGUCACUUCAUAUUGUGUCGGAGGACAGAGGCACAGGUAGACGUGCUUGGGAUUUUGGCGAAUCCGACGUACCAAUUAUUGUGUCUGUUGAAACGCGUUACCGCAAAGGUCUCAGUUUGCACAGAAUAAGUACUGUGCUUAAGAAAUGGUCUAACGUGGAUGAAAUAAUGAUCCGAGGAACAAAACCUGAGCAGUUACUGAUAAGCUGUGCUGGAAGUAUUGCUGCACGUCAGCGUUUGCAUCGAAUAUUGCUGAUGGACCGGAAACAAUUAUUCGAUGCUAUACGGAACGAUACUAUGCCUCAGCAAAAAUGGUCUAACGUGGAUGAAAUAAUGAUCCGAGGAACAAAACCUGAGCAGUUACUGAUCAGCUGUGCUGGAAGUAUUGCUGCACGUCAGCGUUUGCAUCGAAUAUUGCUGAUGGAUCGGAAACAGUUAUUCGAUGCUAUACGGAACGAUACUAUGCCUCAGCAAGUUCGCCAUGAAGCCUUGUAA